AUCUCACACUGGCAGACUAGACACACCACAGAUACACUCGCAGAGACUUGCUGACUUUGUAUCCGACAAAAAAAACAGUUCUAAUUUCUUGAAAUUUUUAAUCAAUUUCAAAAACUGAGAUCUGGAUAUACUUUUUUUUGACUGCUGGACCGAGGAGGGGUCAUGGAUCCAAUUGUGGAAGUAGUGGCUCUGUUCCUGGGGUUCAUCGGGUGGGUGAUGGUGGGGAUCGCCCUGCCGAACCGUUACUGGAGAACCUCCACCGUCGACGGGAACGUCAUCACCACCUCCACCAUCUAUGAAAACUUAUGGAUGUCCUGUGCGACGGAUUCAACCGGGGUGCAUAACUGCAGGGAGUUCCCUUCACUGCUCGCUUUGAGUGGUUACAUCCAAGCGUCUCGUGCCUUGAUGAUCUCAGCAAUAGUGUUGGGCACCUUUGGACUGCUGGCGGCCCUGAUAGGAAUACAGUGUUCGAAGGCUGGAGGGGAAAACUAUGUUCUCAAAGGGAGGAUUGCUGGCACCGCUGGAGUGCUUUUCAUACUUCAAGGUCUGUGCACGAUGAUCUCAGUGUCCUGGUAUGCCUUCAACAUCACUCAGGAUUUCUUCGACCCUUUCUAUCCCGGGACAAGGUAUGAAAUUGGAGAAGGACUUUACAUCGGCUGGUGCUCCGGCGUGCUCUCCAUCGCUGGAGGAGCCUGUCUCACCUGCUCCUGCAAGCUGGGCACACAGGAAAAAUACCCGCUGCCUUAUCAAACCAGAGGAACUGUAUAUUCUGGACCUGCGCCGACCCGAAGCGUGGCUGCUAGCACUUACGGACGAAAUGCUUACGUUUGAGCUGGAUGUGGAAAUGGAACUUUGUCCAUAAAAAAAUCCUGAUGGACAUUUUUCACGUCCUGGUGUUCAGUUUUCACCCUCCAGUUGGAGCUGUUUGUCCAUGUGGAAAAACACAAAGGUCCAUCUUGAAGUGACAGCACCACUGACUUGUAUAUAAUCACCACAUCACGUGUGUAUUCUGUAAACUGUUGGCUUUGCAGUUGUAAAAAAGCUGAGCGCAAACCUACGACAUGCUCGCAAUGAUUCUAUUUAUGCUUAGCACAAAUACAUUUACAUACAGUCUUUUCUUUUCAAAGGAAUCCAAUCAUUUGAUGAUCUGUUUAACCACUUCUGGACAUUUGUAAAGGUGAAGGUCAAACUGUGAUGAUCCAGAUAUUUGUGUGUUGUUUUGUACAGUUUUAUAGAAAGUACCUGUGAACGAGGGCGGACGACAAGUUGUCUUUAUUUUCAUGUUUCUUUGUUUUGUUUUUUGUACGAUUGCGCACAAUAAAAUGUGUCAUGCUAAACA